ACCUGAAGACUUACCUGGAAAUGCCAGUGACUCAGAUGCUCGAUGUGUAACUGAGCUAAAGGAUGGAGCAGCUGGCUCCUGCAGGGCAGCUCGCCUGCUCUGCCCUGGCACCUGGGCUCACCUCGGGGCCACCUCCACAGCUGAGGGCAAGAGCAGUGGCAACUCUACCCAACAGGAUUUUUCAUUUUGCAGUAUUCUUGACAUGGCUCUUUCCAGUAUCCUGACAGAAGCUGAAAUUGCUGCUGGUCUACAGAGCUGUCAAGCUGCUGAUUCAUUUGAUUUCAAAACCUUUUUUGUCAAAGUGGGUCUCAAUUCCAAGUCCAAAGACCAAGUUGCCAAAGUCUUUGGAAUUCUUGACCAGGACAGGAGUGGUUUCAUUGAGGAAGAGGAACUGAAACUUUUCCUGAAGCAUUUCUCAGCCAGUGCCAGAGCUUUGACUUAUGCUGAGACCAAGGCAUUCCUGGCAGCAGGGGACAGUGAUGGAGAUGGCAAAAUUGGAGUUGAUGAGUUUCAAGCACUGGUUAAAUCGUAG